CAAGCACCACCUCAUCCACCAUGUCUGACGCCCUCGAGACACCAGUAUCGCGCCGCCUCGCCUCGGUGAAGAACAUCAUCAUCGUGAUUUCCGGCAAGGGCGGAGUCGGCAAAUCCAGCUCCUCGGUGCAGCUCGCGCUGUCGCUGCUAAACCAGGCGCCCGGCACGCGCGUCGGCCUCCUCGACCUGGACUUGACAGGCCCCUCCCUCCCGCGCAUGGUGGGCCUCGACAUCCCCGGCGCGACGGUGCACCAGUCCUCGGCCGGCUGGGUGCCCGUCUACGUGGACCGGGAGCGGCGGCUGGGCGUCAUGUCCAUCGGGUUCUUGCUCAAGGACCGCGGCGACUCGAUCGUGUGGCGCGGGCCGAAGAAGGACGGCAUGAUCCGCCAGUUCCUCUCCGAGGUGCGGUGGGGCGAGCUCGACUACCUCGUCAUCGACACGCCGCCGGGCACGUCGGACGAGCACAUUUCGCUGCUGACCCACCUCCACCCGCUGUUCACGCCGACGCCAGAGCGGCCGACGACACCCAGCGCCGUGGUCAUCACAACGCCGCAGCAGACGGCGUUGAAUGACACGCUCAAGUCCAUCUCGUUUACGCGCAAGCUCGCCCUGCCCGUACUCGGACUGGUGGAGAACAUGGCUGGGUAUGUUUGCCCAUGCUGUGACGAGAUCAGCGAUCUUUUCGGGUCGGGCGGCGGUGAGCGCCUUGCGGAGGAGCAGGGGAUAGGGUUCCUCGGUCGUGUCCCCAUCGACACGCAGCUCGUCAAGCUUCUGGACGCCGUGUCCAAGGGUGAGAUUCCCGGCGCGGAUACGGACCAGGGCAAGGAGGCCGAUGGGAGCAAAGACGAGUUCCCGCUCUUGGACAAGUACAACGCGACUACAUCGUCCAAGGUGUGGUCGGGCAUUGCGGCGCGGGUCGUCGAGGAAAUCGAGACAAGGCGGGCGACCAUUGCUGUCCGCCUUACCACGGUGUGAAGUACAUCAUCGCAUUGAUCAUAGACUGUUGUACACUCUUAGAGCAUGCCACUGGUAGUAGAGCGCCAG